AUGCCGCAGGAAGUGGACGUGCUCAAGAUCUCCAACGAUGACGCCGCCUUCAUCCUCGGCAAGAGCGGGAGGACCAAGGAGAAGAUUGCGCGCGUGUCCGGCGCGGAGCUGGACCUCUUCGAGCAGUCGCUGACGCUGGAGAUUCGCGGCUCCGAGGCCGAGCGGCGCCGCGCCAAGAAGUACGUCGAGUGCGUCAUGGCGCAGCGCGUCGGCCCCGUCACCAUCGACGACGACAGCGAGGACGACGACCUUACCGUCAUCCAGGUGCCGACCGAGGCGGUUGGCUUUGUGACUGGCUCGCAGGGCAACUUUCUGCGCCAGGUCGAGGAGGAGUGGGGCACGCUCAUGUUCUUCGCCGACUUUCGCGGGCGCGGGUCUGGCCGCGAGGGCCAGACCGAGAAGCUCGCCAUCUUCGGCCCGCGGCGCGGCCGGCGCGGCGCGCAGCUCAAGGUGAUGGCGGCCGUCGAGACCAAGGUGCCAAACUACUUCACCGGCGACAGCAAGCCGGACGAGGACGACGACCAGGACGAGUGGGGCACCAAGACGCUCGUGCUCAAGCCCGACGAGCUCUCCUACGCGCUCGGCAAGAAGGGCAUGACGCGCAAGAAGCUGGCCAAGUCGUCGGGCUGCAUCGUCGAGUGCGCCGCUCCGCCAAUCUUGAAGAGAGUACGAACCAAUGGCGCGGUCAUGAAGAAGGAGAUGAUGCUGAUGACCGCUGCUGGUCUCGCGGUCCUCGAGGCCGGCUCAUCCUACCUCGUUGCCCAUGAUACGGCCGACGAGGCCGCCAAGGUCAUGUCCGCGGUCGAGACCAAGCGGCCCGGCUACUUCACGCGCGAGAUCCAAAAGCACACCUCGGAGGCGGAGGGCUUCGCCUCCGACACCUUCCCGAUGGACGAGUCGGAGCUCUCCUACGCGCUCGGCAAGGACGGCACCACGCGCCGCAAGCUCGCGCGCGCCUCGGGCUGCAUCAUGGAGUACGUCGGCCAGGUCGCCUUCAUCUGCGGCACGAUGGAGGAGCGCGUCCGCGCGCGCACCUACCUCAAGUGGCUGCUCAAGCAGCGGCACGGCUCCGUCUACGUCGACGACCUCAAGGACCGCGACGACGUGACGGUGGUGCCCGUCCCGCGCGACGCCAUCGGCUACGUCACGGGCAACCGCGGCCAGUCGCUGCGCAUGGUCGAGGAGGAGUCGGGCACCUUCUGCUUCGUCGAGGGCGGCCGCGGCGAGUCGGAGCAGCUGCUCAUCUUCGGCUCGGUGCGCGCGGACCGCGAGGUGGCCGAGCGGCUCAUCAACAACCUCGUCAACGAGAAGAUGCGCGAGGACAACGACCGCCGCCGGUACGACGACCGCGACUACGGACGCGGCGGAGACCGCUACGACGACCGCCGCCGGGACGACAGCCGCGACCGCUACGGCGACCGCGGCGACCGCCGCCGCGAGGACUCGCGCGACCGCGACUACCGCCGCCGCUCCCCGUCGCGCGACCGCUACCGCCGCCGCGACGACAGCCGCGACCGCGACUACCGCCGCCGGGACGACUCCCGCGGCCGCCGGGACGACUCCCGCGACCGCUACGACGACCGCCGCCGCUAG